UGUGAUUUAAAGCAAACUAACGAACGAACGCACGAACGCGGCCAGGCCUCGGCGGCAGCAGCACCAGGAGCAGCCGCCGCCGCUUAAAAACAAUAUGGCGGACCAGUCGUCGUCGUCGUCUUCGUCAUCCUAUCAGCAAUAUCCUGGUUCCUCGGGCUCUUCGGAUAAUGAUUCCAAUAGUACUCAAGAAGACUCGAGACAACCGGCAAAUAUAUUUCGAAAUGACGGAUCGUUUAUGGAAAUAUUUAAAAAAAUGCAGCAGCGGGGUCAAGUAGGGACUAAAAAAGAUGAAAGCGAUAGCAAAUCGAGCGAAGAUGGAUCAGCAGCAUCUACAAAAGAAACUGGAGAUUCCACCUCGACGAAGGAGCAGCUACCAUUGGCAUCGACUAAGAAACCCAUCGUUAGUCUUGUGGGCAAGCGACGUGGUGGCAGAGUCCUGGCCACAGGGAUGGUCAAGAAGCAGCGCAAAGAACCUGUCCCUGAAAAGCCACCGGAGGGUGGGAAGACUGAUGCUUGGUCUGAAUAUAUGAACGAAGUGCGCAAAUAUAGGGAACAGUCAUGUGAAGAAGAAGGAAAGAGACGUCCUUUAGUGAAAUGAUUGCUGUGCUUCGGGUUGGUUGUCAGAUCCGUGAACUGUGUACCCUUUAUUGUACAUUGAAACAUAACAAUUUCAUUGCUCCUCUUCUUAUUGGUCCCAAGAAUCUUGCUUUUGGAAAAUUAAAGCCUUAGCAUUUAUUAGGGCGAGAGAGAGAGACAAAUAGAGGCUCAAUGCAAAGUGUACAUAGAAAAUAGCAGAAGGUUAUGUAGCUAAGUGAUGAAGCAAGUGAUUUUUUUUAAUGUGAAUAUAAAUUGUAAAUUACUUUGAGGUAAAGAUGUGAUUCAUCUUGAGUCAGGAUAUGUAUAUGUGAGAGUUGUAUUGUAAAAACAGUGUCUUUUCUUCACUGCUUUACUAAAGCAAUCUACUUUUCACCAUGUGUUUGAUUUUAGUUGUUUACUGAACAGAAAUUGUUGCCUUUUGAGUUACUUCAGUAGACAUAAACUAGGAAUUGACUUGUGAAUUUGAUGGGAAAGUCAUGCUGCAAAAGUAGACUGUGCCUCAAGGGGAUUUUAGUAAAAGAAAAAAGUGAGAUAAUGUAGGAUGCUAAAAGUUAGAGGGCAUUAUUGAAAUACAUUAUAGUACAAUACUUAUCUUAAGUUAUGCUAUUUUCAUCUGCAUAAUAUCUAGAUUGAAAUUAGUUACAAAGUUGUUGAAGAUGGCUGCACUCUUGUUUGCUCAUUAUUGUUGUGUGUGCAAGAUACGCAUCCAGAUAGUGUUUGUUUGAUGCUUGGAAAAGUGCUCUGUAAAAUGUAUUUUUUCUUCAUGCAGAUAUGUAUUAUAAAAAUCUUGCCUAGUUUCCAGAAAGCUGCAUUUUUCUUUUCGAUUUUUACAGGGUAACUUUGAACACAAGUAUUGAAUUUUUUUGUUUGUUUUCUGAUGUAAAGAGACUAAACUACCUACUUUGUGAGGGUGUGGUUAUUAUCAUUCCUAAAACAGUAAAUAAAUUGCAAUUUCU